AGCAUCAUUCCAGUAGAUGGUUGGGCCACUCGGAGCCUGCUCGCAGGAAAUGCUUUUUCCAUUUGCAGAAAGAGAAAAAGGAGGGGACAGCAAAAGUUGCAGUGCAGGAAAAAAAAAGUGCAUUUUGAGGUUCGGGAUGAGAGGAGACGCGUUUCCGGUAACUUAAAGGGGUUUGAUACUGUGCAAGUGAGCUGUUUUAGCAGAGGAGAUGAGCCAGGAGUAACAUUGUUGCAUUUAACUGUGAUGUGGACAAAGACAAGCGUUUGGUGCUCUAGGAAGCGGAGCUCCGUUUCGUGGGCCGAGGACUGACCCGAGCGGCACCCCCGCUGGGAGCAGAAGAGCCAGAGCGAUGAAUCCGCGUCCUCCCGUCCCCCGGGAGCUGUGGCACUGCUUCCUGGGCCUCCUGGUGGCGGCGGCGGCGGUGCAGGGGGCGGCCAGCGAGAGCUGCCUCCUCAUCAGCGAGGUCAACGCUGACAACCCAAGCUACGACUCCACUGAGUUUGUGGAGCUCUACCACACCAGCGGGCGCAGAACCAGCCUGGAUGGCUACACCCUGGUCUUCUACAACGGGAAUGGCAACCUGGCCUACAAGGUCCUGAAUCUGGGCGGCAACGCCACGGAUGAGCAGGGAUUUUUCCUCGUGGGCUCGGCCGGCGUCAAGCCGCCGCCCGCCGUCGUCCUGCCGGCCAACACCGUGCAGAACGGGCCGGACGGCAUCGCGCUGUACCACGGCGGGGCGCGCUACGCCGAGCGGAUGAACGUGACCGCGGAGGGCCUGGUGGACGCGAUCGUGUACAGGUCCCGGCGGGGCGGGGAGGCGGAAUUCCUCGCCGAGGUCCUGACGCCAGGUUUCCCGGUCUUCCUGGAAGACGAGUCCCUGUACCAGCAGGAUGAGUCCAUGGAGCGCUGCUGGCUGUUCGCCACCAACUGGACCUUCCAGACGGGCCCUCCGUCCCCGGGCCUCAAGAACCCCUGCGCCACGGGACGAGCGCGGGAGGCACAGAUCAGUGAACUCAGCCUGGGGGAAGGCGUCUUUCUGGAGCUGAGCGUCCCCCAGCCUCCCAGCGCCCUGGUCCUAGCGCUCCUGAACGGGACAACAGGGGCGGUGGAGUUCAGCAUGGACAUCAAUGCCUCCAGAGCCGGGCUGCUUCUGAUGUGCCCAUCCGGAUGCUCUCGGGAAGAUGCUGUGCUAUUGCCCCCCAAAGCCGAGUCUGUGUUGAAGCAGCAGGGGUCGCUGUCGGGGGCGGUGGCGCUCUACAGCGGGAUGGCCGCGGAUUUCCCUCACGGGGCGCCCCUCAGCCCGAGGCAGCCGAUCGACGCGUUCGUUUUCCUGGGAGAGGGAGGCGAGCAGGGUGCCAGCUUCGUCGAGACUCUCAUCCCUGGCAGACAGGCCUUCCUUCUCACCAGCAGGUCCCUAGGAGGGGGCGUGUCCCUGAGCCGCUGUGGCGCAGCGGUUUGGAGCAGGGACACGGAACUCUUUGUUGAAGCCCCUCCCACUCCAGGGCAGGCCAAUCAGUGCUCGGGGGUGGAGUCAUGUCCACACAAUGUAGUCGUCCCGGAGAGUACAGCGGCCCCUCCGCCGCUGCCCCCCAGCCCCAGCCCCGCCGGUUACCAGGACUUCCUGCUGAGCGAAGUCAACUCGGACACCCCCGGCGCCGCCGAGGACCGGGAGUUCAUCGAGAUUUGGCACCCCUCCGGCCGGCGGGUCAGCCUGGAUGGGAUCUGGCUCCUCCUCUUCAACGGCAACGACGACAAGCCGUACCGCCAGAUCAGCCUGCACGGCUACUUCACCGACGCCUGGGGGUACUUCCUCCUGGGCAGCCACCAGAUGAGCCCCCGGCCCGCCAUCCGGCUGCCGCCCAACACCGUGCAGAACGGCCCGGACGCCGUGGCCCUGUACCGCAGCCCCCUGGGGCCUCCCGUCCCCAAGGAGGGGGGAGCCAUCCCCACUAAGGGUCUGCUGGAUGCCAUCGUGUACCGUGGGCUGAGGUUCGAUAAGGAGGCCCAGAAUCUGAGGGACGCGCUGACUCCUGGGCAGGUGCCCCUCCUGGAGGAUCCGGACUUCAGCCCCGAGGAUGAGUCUCUGAGUCGCUGUGGCAGCCUGCUGCCUGCAAACCUUACCGCCUUCCAGGUGACCCCCCUCACCCCUUUGAAAAAGAACGCCUGUGGGUCUGGCACAACCCCUGAGCCCCCUCUCCAGGUCGUCAUCAACGAGGUAUCUGCCAGCUGGACCAACGGCAGCCAACAGGAGGCCUUUGUGGAGCUGGUGACGACCCCCCACGCCAGGCUGCAGGGCCUGACUCUGCUGCUGUUUGAGCAGGGGCACAACAGCGAACCCCUGGCCGUCCCUCUGAAGGGGUCGGCCAGCUCAGACGGGCUGUAUGUCCUUGGGAACACCAGCAACGCAGAUCAGACCCUUCCCAUCAGCCCCUCUAGGGCAUGGAGAGCUGUGGCGCUGUUCCAAGGCUAUUUCCAAACGGCUCGAGCACGCCUAAUAGACGCCGUGGUGCUCGCCGAGGACCAGGAGCUGUUGGAGAAGCUCAACACCACCAGCGGGCAGCACAUGUUGUCUGUGCUCAGCUCAAUGAAGGAGCCUGUCUCUCUGAGCCGCUGUUCCUGCUGUGAAGUGAGAAACCCUCACGUUUGGAUUGCCUCAGGCCAGACCCCAGGGCAGGUCAACCACUGUCCUUCCUCUGGCUUCUCCAGUGAGCUGGUUCUCUGUCUCGGGCCCAAGACCAACAGGCUCUGGCAGCAGGUACCAGGUUGUGCUGCUCCGGGGCAGAAGAAUGAGAGUCUCCGGGAAAUGCAGAGUGAGAUAGCCCAGUUCCUGGAGGAGUCCUGUCACUGCGGGAUCUCGGGCCUGUACCUGCAGGAGACAAAUAUUUCCUGUGAAGACGGCUUGCUACAUGUGAGUGGACAAAUCCAAGGGGUGUCCGCAGACCAGAGAGACCUCAUCCUCAAGACCACUAGCGCCCUGAUGCUGAAAGACAGCUGUACUGAAGUCACCAUGGAGAAGUUUCAAGCCAGAAAGGCCGGGCUGGGCUGGGAGAUUGCACUGAUCAUAAUCGUCCUCUUGACCCUGGGGCUCGGGGCAGCCCUGGGCACCUACUGGUACAGAAAGAGGCGUCCCCACAACUACUCCACCAUCGAGCUGAGCGAGCAGGCAGAGGGGGAAGGGGAGUUUGAUCUUUAGGUCUAUCCUGGGAUGUUUCCUCUCUCCCAGAUACACUGGAGAAGGACAGGACACUCCUUGCGAUUUCUGCUCUGAGGACAGAAAGGAAAGGAAACAUCUCUCUCCUCUCUACAACAGCGUUUCUAACGGGGGUUGGACAGAACCACUUGAGAUCCAUGUGCACAGAAAAUGGAUACGUGUGUCUGUGUGGAGAGUCUCCCCCUGGACUGGCAGUAUAUUGUACAUAUUCACCUUCAUGCUUUACAGUCCCAUCCACACUGUUUCACCUAAACCCCUGGAGUGCAGAUGGUGUGGAUCUCUUGCAAAGCUUUAUGAGCAGUGCAGGUAGUGAGGUGCUCUAAUAUUCCUUAGCAUGUAGAGUAAAAAUCCACUGGAGCCCUGUUUGCUGAGCAGAAGCAUUUAUUAUAUUUGGUCAAGGAGAAGCACCCUCCUUGCAAUUAGGAAGGUGAUUCCAACAAGAAAAGUUACAGCUGACCUUUUAUACACUUACUUGAUAAGGAAUACAAGGAGCUUAAGUCUCAAAAAGAACAAAAAAACUUCAGUCUUAAUUAAUUUCUAUUGGUUAAGCAAGCGUCUGCUACAAUCUGAAGAUGUCUGUAUAACUAAGCUAUAUCAGUGUUUUCUUCAAGCAGGUAGUUUAUAAUUGGCCUUCUACACAAAAUAAGUCUUUGGGAUUCUUAAAACAAGCAUUCUUUGUGUCUGUAGGCCCCUAGUCUUAUCAGCAGCAGAUAGUGAAAUGUUUCAGCUGGCAUUUUGCUGAAACAGAGAAAGAAUUAAUAACCCUUCAAGCUGUAGAAAACAUUGGCAGGGACACUAAAACUGUCAGGGAAGCCCGAGACUUCAGUAGCACUAAAUGACUUUGACAUCCAUACAAAAUUGAAAUCAACAUCAGUUUCCAAAUUCUUAAAAUACAAACUUAAUUUCAAAUAUAAUUUACUCUGUUCCUCCUUGAUACCUGUACUUCCUGGAUGGGUACCAGGAUAUUGCCUACCAGGAAUAUCGCUUUCUGAUAAUGUUUGGAUAUACCUAAUAUGAAGCUUUGAUGCAAAUAUCAUAUCUGUAUUAUUUGCAUAUAAAUAUACUGAUCAUCAAAAGAAAUAUCACUCAUAACUGUCAUUUCCCUGAUAAAUUUGUGUUUGUAUCUGUAUUUUUUUUUUUAGCAGUUGCACUGACCUUUUCAUUAUACAAACCUGACACAAUCAUUAUACCCAUUUGGAACUGUCAUCAACAUGGUUUAACAUCUUACUCUGAAAGGGCACAGGCUUGUUCUACCUGUGGCUACCACUGGAAGGAAAGCAAGCUGUACUUCCAUCAACAGUUGCAACGCAUGUGGAAGUGAUCUUUGAAGCAGUUUUGGCGUUCAGUGACCUUUUCACUGGUCUCUGAUGCCAAGAUGCCACGUGUCAUCCCACAGGUGUUAAACUGGGACUAAGUCACGUUCACAUCUCUCCAGAAUGUUGCAGGCUAUUGGAUGGGUUCAAAGGCCUCCUCUCGUUUGUACAGUUGUACGUUCUUAAGAAAGGCAUUGUUACACUAGGCUGUGCACUGUCCUGAGGAAAAGGUAUUCAGAUUAACAGCAAGUGAGUUCCCACUACUUGGUCAGUGCAGCACUGUGCCUUUAAUCACGACAAGUGGAUUGAUCUUCUUUCUGGAUUUUCACCAGGCAGAACAUUCAGCAGGUUCACUUCAUCACCUGUGCCAGAUCACCUUUCUCAUUUAUACAGUGGUUUAACGAUUCUGCAACAAGGUUCCUCAAGUCUACUAUAGUCACUCAUGAAUGAUCAGCUAAUCUGAAUAAUGCCUAGAAAUUAAUCAGUGUGCAGAUUACAUUUCUGCAUCUUUUUAGAAAAUGAAUAGUCAAGUUUAGUCAAGUUAGACUGCAUUGUGUAUAUUAAAAGUUUCUGUGUCGGUUACAAACACUGACUGCUGUGCGUGACACCAGGUGAUUUCUGACGUGGCCUUGAUUCAUAGGCAACCAUGAAAGAUCAGCACUGGUUGUUUAGUCUAGGGGCUGCUGGAAGAUACUGAUUAUGCUUAUUUCUCCGUCCAAUGAGCUUGAAACAUAUACAGUAGAAAUCAAAAGGUUUUGAAAGAGCUGUUGAUGAACUCGGUUUUGGUGAAGAGUUUUGAGAAGUCGGCUGCAGACUUUAUCGGGGAAAUAAUGUUGCUGCUUUGCUCCUGGGCUGCAGAGUUGCAAUUUCUUGAUUUUUUUUUUCUGCACUAGCACUGUUUACCUUUAAGCAACAGAUUGCAAUUUAAUUUCAAGUACCGAGUCUUACUGUAGUGCUAAGCUCCUCCUUAUGCUUUGACCUGCUGGCUGUUCUUUUUUUUUUUUCUUCGGAGGGGGCAGUGCUGUGUUGCAAAACGUUUUACAUGCAUUUGAACUAGCUGAGGAGCUGUCCUCCUCUCACUCCGACGUCAGGGGGAAAACAAAGAAUGUUUUUAAUUUUGAUUGUGAUUACCUUCUGUGUACGUUCUUGGAGAAGAUUUGCAACUCUUUUUUUUCGGCAAUAAACAUUGUUACAAUUUGUUGUUA